UGUAAACUUACUGAAAACCUGAGUCAGACAGCUGAUCUGGGACAACACGGUGACAGCUCCUGCAGAGAGGACUCAGUGUGUGUCUGCUUCCAGCCCAUAAAGCUCGGAUCACCUCCUGUCUGCUUUUAUUUGCACAGUUAAAGCACCGAGGGGUUUGUUUGUUUUGAUGGACAGUCUGGAUCAGCUGUUAUAAGCAGGCAUGUCUGAGCUUGUCCAGGCACAAACCCACAUGACCAACAUGGCAGGUGUCUGUGCAGGAUCCCAUCAUGCCCCCUAAGAGACGUGCUGCUACUGCUGCUGCCUCUGCCAGUGUGGGUGGAAAAAAGGGCAAAAAGGAGACACCAAAGGCCAAGGAUGCCUUCACUUCUGCAAAAGAAGCCCUCCUGGCUGCAGGGCCACAGCAGAAAGGCAAGAGGAAGGUGGAUGAGCACGCCUCACUGGGAGGCUCUGGGGAGGUGUAUGAGGACUACGACUGUAUGCUCAAUCAGACUAACAUUGGUCAUAACAAUAACAAGUUUUACGUCAUUCAAGUUCUAAAAGAUGGAAAUCAGUUCUAUGCAUGGAACAGAUGGGGCAGAGUGGGAGAGGUCGGUCAGUCUAAACUCAGCCCCUUUCCUAACCCUGAGAGUGCUAUCAAGGACUUUGAAAAAAAGUUUAAGGACAAGACAAAGAACAACUGGAGCGAUAGGUUGAAUUUUGUUUCUCACCCUGGGAAGUAUACGCUCAUAGAGGUGGAUGGAGAACAGGACGCUGAGGUCAAGGUGGACACAGUUGAUGGCAAGACCGUCAAAGUGGGCAAAAACAUCCUGCCUUGUACCCUGGACAACGCUACAAAGAGCCUCAUUGAGCUCAUUUUCAGCAACGACAUGUUCAACGAGGCCAUGGAAUGUAUGAACCUGGACAUCAAGAAAAUGCCUUUGGGCAAGCUCAGUAAGAUGCAGAUUGCAAAAGGCUUUGAGGUGCUGGAGGAGAUUGAAAGUGCCAUGAACCAGAGAGGUGGAAAAUCACGACUGGAAGAGUUGUCUUCCAAGUUCUUCACCACAAUCCCACACAACUUUGGGCGAAACAGACCACCAACCAUUGACAACAAAGAGAUUGUAGAGCAGAAGAAGGAGAUGCUGAUGGUGCUGGCUGACAUCGAGCUUGCCCAGACUCUGAAAUCAGAGACUGAAAAGGCCCAGGAAGAGAUGAUCGAGACAGUUCCUCACCCUCUCGACCAGGACUAUAGUUCUCUGAAAUGCAAGCUCAGUCUAAUGGACAAAGAUACAGAAACAUUCAAGAUAAUAGAGAAAUACUUGAAUGCGACUUCAAAUGGCUAUUGUAAACCCAAAAUUAUUGACGUUUGGGUGGUUGAUCGAGAGACAGAGGGACUGCGGUUUAGUGAGAAUGAUCAUCUGGAAAACCGGCGUCUGCUGUGGCACGGUACAAAUAUAGCUGUGGUGGCAGCGAUCCUGAAGAGUGGUCUGCGCAUAAUGCCUCAUUCAGGAGGCCGUGUUGGUCGUGGUAUUUAUUUUGCAUCUGAAAAUGGAGUGUCUGCAGGUUAUGUGCGCAAAAGUAAAAAUACUGGAGUGAUGUUUUUGAACGAGGUAGCUCUUGGCAAAGAGUAUACAAUCACCAAAGAUAACAGCUCGUUGAAGAAGGCUCCUCAAGGCUUUGACUGUGUCGUAGCACGAGGAACUGUGGAACCAGAUCCCUCCAAGGACAUCUUUAUCACCCUGGAGGGGAAGCAGGUGGCAGUGCCUCAGGGUCCGCCCAAAAAACAACCCCAGUACUCAGACAGCUACUUCAGCAACAGUGAAUAUCUCAUCUACAAAGAGAGCCAGUGCCGCCUGCGCUACGUGCUGGCACUCAACAUGUAGUUUAAAGACAGAUUUCCUCUCAUUCUGUUUUUAUAAGGGGCUUCCUACUAGACCUGUCGAGGGUGUUUUCUGAGGUUCUGAUCCCUGUCUGUUAGAACUCUUUGACAUACGAAAAGGAGGACUCAAAUGCACGACUCCCAAAAACUGAAGGUUUUAACGAAAGUAUUUUAAUAAUGAAAAAUUGAUUAACAAAAAGUGCUCUCAAGGAGGAUAUAUCAAACUAAAAAACAAUCUCUACGAUGAACAAAAAACUCUUUCAGAAAAACUUGAAGCAACAACCUGACAGACAUGGAAAACAACUGGUUGGCCACUUGACGUGAACACUAUGAGAGAAUUAGACGAACUGGCAUAAGACAAAGGGGGACAGGACUGUUUAUACAUGAGGUAGGGGAACACAGGUGACAACAAUCAGGGGUGGGGCUAACA